GCGCAGUCAGCGGACUGCCCCUAUUUUAAUCACAGCCCAACUCCCUCUUGCUUAGAGGUGCUGUAGUACAGCACUUAUAUCAGGGGGAUAAAGUUGUGCUAAUGUUUCCAGUAGCAAUGGCAUAUAUGGGAAUCUCCGUUUGUAGACGAUCACUGGCCGUCCACAGUACUGCAGUGUUGUUCAGUGAACUUAAUUUACAAGAAGCCAGUUUGAUUGUUUACACAUCAACACCCCAGUUGUUUAUGAUGGUUCUCUGCUUCCAUCAUCUCUUAAUUUAUUUAUUUAUUUAUUUGUUUGUUUGCUUGCUUGUUUGCUUGCUUGCAUAUUCAUGAAUGCCUGAUUGAUCUGGAGAACAGGGCAGGUUUUCACAAAACAUUUAAUAGAGAAUUUGAUCUCUCAAGACUUUUAUGGGGGUGAUUACUGCUUAGUGACUUUGUUAAUUAAUGAUAACACUUGGUACAUAGAGAGGUUUCAUGAUAGUUUAUGUAUUUAUGUGGUUGUAAAACUGUGCUGGUUUCAAAACAUACUGUAUGCACUAUUCAACAUGAGUGUUGAAAAGCUCUCAAUCAGGCUGGGCCAAUCUGUUUCAUAGUAAAACCAAGCCUAAUCCUGAGUGUGAGAUUUAAAAAUCUGCUGCAUGAAAUAAUGGAUAAAACCUUGCCAGGUCAUGAUGGCAUGAUUACUGAGCUCAUAUUUUCAUAAACAUCGCAAUAUAGAGAAGAAAAAUUUGCAAUCCUGUAAAACAGAAAAUGGAGUCCUAUGCCACCUCUUGGUGGUGGUUUAAAAAUAGCUCAUAGGGCUUUGGCCUUAUUCCAAGACACACAUACAGCAAGACAUACUUUCACUUUUUUACUCUCACUAUGCCCCACCUCCUUCUCACUCAUUGGCUAGCCUGUGAUGAAUGACAGCAGCUGCUCUCUUGUCAUUGGCCGAGCAGACUUGACUGGCGGCUGUGUUAGAUGCAGUCGCAGAGUGAGUGGACCCACCCCCAGGAGCUCUGCACGUGGAUGGGUCUGAUGUGAACACCCCAGCAUCAGAGCGGAGAGAAGAGAGGGGGAGGAGAGGGGAGAAGUGGAGAGAGGAGAAAUCGGAGGAGAAGAGGAGGAGAGGUGAGGAAGAACAAAAAAGAAAGGCAAAAGACAAAAAGACUGUCUGUGUUUGUUAUUUUCUUUCUGUCUGUUUUUAAAGAAAAGGGUGCCCGGUCGGAGUCAUCUGCCAGCCAGCUAGCCAGCCGGCGUGUGUAAAGGGAGGCGUUUAAAGGGACGUGAAAGUGGACUUGGUCUCACUCGCCCACCCCCCUCCCCCUCCUGCACCCACCACCACCCCCCUCCUCAGUAGUCAUCUGAGCACGGAAGCAAACACAGGCAUACUGCCUCUCCUCACUGCUCGCCCUCUCCUUCUGACCUGCUCACCUGCAAGGUAGACCUGAAGCUGCAAUAAGGCUGGUGCUGUUGCAACUUCUCAGUCUUACAGUGGAGGGUUUCAGAGACGCAGCAGUGUGGCUGGAUGUAUCACACAACAGAGCAGUCGUCAGGCCGCAACACAUGGGACUCCUUCCCCUCGGCCGGACUGAACCGAGCACCAUGGGCACCAGUGACCAAUCGACACUGGGCUCGCCCCUCCAGAUGCAAUGGGGGAAUAUACCAGUCCCAUCAUCCCUCUCAAAAUCACAUGACAGGAAGGACCCAUCCAAGCAAAGCUCACAAUGACCGGCCCAUUGGAAUGGGCGCCUUCGGUGACCGUGUACCCCAGCACCCCCAGAGGGAUCAGAGGCCUCCCCAGCCUUGGGAGUCCCGCUACGAGCCCCACGUCCCACGGAGGAACCCCGAGUGCCCCAGCAGCAGCAGCAGCUAUGGCAUGGGGUCAGGAGGCCACCUGUCCAGCUCCAGCAGCCACAGCCAUCCUCUGCCGCGGUAUGGAGGUCCCCCACCGCCGCCGCAGCAGCACCACCCUAAGUUGCGUCCCCCGCCAGCGGAGAGAUGGUCCCAGGCGCCCAUCCAGUCCCGGGUCUUCCCAGAGAAGGCCGCGGGGGGCUCCCUGAAGCGUCCGGUCCCCUCCCACCCAGAGAUGGCAGCGCAGCGCGGCUCCCCGCAACACCACUCCCUGCCCCCCCGUGAUGACUGCCCCAGGAAGAAGAGCAAGUACACCAACUCUGAGCAGGCUUUCCGUCCCAGGAUGAAGCAUUUUCCGGGUCCAUCCCAGCCGCCGCCCCGGGCCCGCUCUCACACUUCGCCCACCUGGAGCCCUCCCUACCGCAGUGGCGCGCCCUGGACGCAGGUCAACAGCAGGAGCUCCCCAGCGGACUACCAGGAACCCAGUAAAUCAGACAUGAAUGGCCAUGCCCAUAGAAGCCACCCAUACACCAUGGACACCCCACCCUCCCUCUGUGCCCCAGCCCAAGGCUUCCACUCCAGCAAGCACCCCUCCCAGGGUUACCCCCACCGCCCACAGCGCCACCAUCACCACCACAACCACCACCCACCCUCCUCCAGCCAGCACAGCCACAGCCGUCCCCCGCAUCGAGGACCCAAAGGGACCUGUGAUCAUCGCCAGGGCCCCUCCUCACCAGCAGACUCCACCAGCGUGCCUUACAGUCACAUUCCCCAGCAGCAGCAGCACCACCACCACCACCUCCAUCAAUCCCAGCCCCCACCCCCACACACCCCACCUCGGAGGCCCGCGGGCGACCUCAGUAGUCUCCACACUGGAGCCCCACAGCAGAGGCAGAGGCAGCAGCACGGAUGCACACCCCCACGAGAGGACGGGAGAGCACAGACACGGCACGGCAAGCACACUCCGGAGCAUGGCAGCCAUGGUUCAGAGCGGGAUCAGCAGCACGGGAGAGCUCCCAUCGUCCCCAGGCAGAGCACCACCACCACCACCGCCUCCCCCAAACCCCAUCACCCGCCCUCCAGCUCAGAGGCCACGUGCAAGGGUGAAGAUAGCCAGAGAGGCCCCAGGCCGAAAUCUCCCAUAACGCCCAGAAGCAACAGAGCAAGAUCACCAUCACCAUUGUCAUCACCAUCACCGUUGUCAUCACCACCAUCACCAGUGUCAGAGCAGCAUCAUGAGAGCCCAGACUCUACUCCUCCCUCACCAGCGAUGAAGGACUCAGACCCUACCUCCCACUGCCCCUACACACUCGCUGAAUUCAACCCCAGGGGUGAGAGGUCAAAAGCCCAGGUCACCCUGAGUGGCUCUUGUGGUGAACAGAGUCCUGGAGAGGUAGGGGCCGUGCCGGAAACAGAGGCGAGCAAACACAGCCGCAUAGAGAAGAGGCACAGAGAAGAGAGACAUCGGAAGAGGAGGAGAGAGAGAAAGGCUCACGAAGGGGGGAAGGAGACAGCGGAGAGAAAGUUAGAAGAGAGGAAAAAGAGAAAGGGGAGAGAGGAAAAACAAGGCGAGAAGAAUUUGUCCAGAAAGGGAGAGGAGGGGAAACUGAGGAAGCUAAAGAGAAAGAGCAGUAAAGAGGAGAGCAGGAAGGAGAAGAAGAGCUCAUGGAAAGACAGACUGGAGCAAGUGAAGAAAGAACCCUCAGAGUCUCCACGGAAACCCUGUGCAGAAUCCACAGUGACAGCCAAGCCCAGACCCGUCGCAGUCAACCAGCAGGCGUUGCCCAGUCAGCCAUCAGCCAAUCAUAUGUCGUCUGAGAAUCAUGGGAAACCCAAGCAAAAAGAGAGGGGCAGUAGGGGCGGGGUCACCAGCCAACACCAGCCAAUCACUGCAAAUACCUCAGGGCUUACCCUCCCCCACAGGGCACCACCAGCCAAUCACAGCAGCCGUUUGCCACCACACUCAUCCAAAGACACCACCCGUAAAAGGGUCGCAGAGAGACCACACCUCCCUGUGAAGGACUCCUCCCAAACCAGCAGCGGCAGCAAAGCCCGGAAGCCCACCAGCAGUGAGAACAGCUCAGAAGGACGCACACACCGCCCUCCCUCCAUGUCAGACCCACCCAGCAGCAGAGAGGAGAAGACAGCUCCCCGCCCAGAGGCCCCAGAGCUGCAACCUGCCUUGGGGGCUUGUAGCGACGACGACCUGGGCAAUGAGCCUCCGGGCAGCCCCCCCAUCCUCAGCCUGCAAGGCUCCCCCGUGUCCGUGCUGAGCGACGAUGACGAGGACGUGAUGGAGGAGGAGAAGAUCAUCAUGCGCCGGCCGGUGCUGCAGCCCAGCCCGACAUCAAGCCCCCUCUGUCCGUCGCCCUGUGAAGACGUCAUCCCAGUGGACGCGAGGGCCGAGUCAGGCACCGACCUCCGCCACAGUGACCUGGCCAGGCUGUAUGGUGUCACGGACCCGCCCAAGGAGAUGGAGGAAGACGAUGCCGAGGAAGAGGAAGCAGAGCAGAAGGACAAUAGUGGUGGGGAUGCAUCGAGUUCUCAGCCUCCGCGACGUCCACACCUGCACCAGACAGGCAUAGGAGACAUGUUCAAAUCACUUGCUUCCAUCUUGGGUAACCAUAGGUAUACGUACAGAGGAGGCCCAUUUGGGCGUCCACCCCCCAGUGCUCUCGUUGGGGUGAAGUACUCCUCUUCACUGUCUUUGGGCUCUGAAAUCCACUGCCAGGAACAACAGACUGCAUCCACGACGCUCUCCAACCAGUCUACCUCAGACCAGACACCUCAACCCCAACUGCAGUCAGAGCCGACGUCGGAUGAAGAGAGAGACUCAAAGAGACAUUUGCUGCAGGGAAGACCAGAUCUUUCUGAAAGCAAGCUGAAGACGGAUCACGACCAGGUGGACAAUCCAGACUCGGAGAAAAAGUCUUUGCAGCUAUCUCCUGAGAAGGCCUCAAAGGCGAGUGUGAAGAAGCCUUCAAAACAGAGCAAGCUGAACCACAACUGUGAUGAUCGGGUGAGCCAACAUGCCACCUCCGCUGUGACUAGCAGCAAGGCCACACAAGAGGUGGAGAGGAAAGAGAGGAAAAAGGAGAAAAAAGCUGAGGACACAAACGAACAGAUCAAGAAAGGGCGAGAUGGACUGAAGUGCCAGAAGAGAGAUGAGAAAGAGCGAGAGAGUAGCCUGAAAAUGAAGCGAGAGACCAGAAAGGUGGAUCAGCAUAAGGAGACAAAGAAACCAAGAGAGAGGAGUGAAGGAGAGAAUAAAACGUCCACUAUUUCCACUUGCCCUUCCUCGUCAAAGUCUGCCCCUGUUUGGCCCUCCAAACAGUCAAAGGAGAACAAGACUAACUCAAAAGUUCCUGAGGACACCAACCACCAGAGCAAAGGAGAGAAGGUCCGGAAGGUCCAUGAGAAAAGUCAAGCAGUUACUAGUGAUAAAACAGAACCACCUCCCAUUGAAAAGAAAAGCAAAGAGCUAGAGAAGGUGGAGGCCAAAACAUCCACCACAGUCUGCAACUCCAUCACCACAACAGCCAAAGCAGCAACUGUUGCAUCAGUGUCGUCAUCGUCAUCAUCAGUGUCAUCACCAUCAUCACCAUCAUCACCACCAUCACCAUCAUCAUCACCAUCAUCGACAAUAUCAGUAACUACAUCGACAACAGCGGCAGCCACUACAAUCACAAACACCUCCACUUCCACCUCUUCUUCCACGGCUCCUCCCCAAAUCCGCUUUCCUGUUGGCCUGGGGAGGGCGGACUUCCUCAAGCUGCAGGCCCUGUCCAUCGCGCCGCUGAAGGAGCUGAAGAUUCGCCUGAUCAAGGUGGAGAGCGGAGAGCGGAGCACCUUCAUCGCCUCCGAGCUGGAGAAGAAGAGGAUCCCGCUGUCAGAUAUCAGUAUUAAGAACACGGCUGAGGAGGUCAUCAAAGCCUGCAAGAGUACGUGUGUGAAGGGGAAGUUCCGUGAGUCCUAUCUGCUCCCUGCCUUCUCAGUGAAGCCUGUCCUCUCCACUGAAACCCCCAUUCCUCGGGAGAAGCUCAACCCCCCCACACCAAGCAUUUAUCUGGAGAGUAAGAGGGACGCCUUCUCCCCCGUGCUCCUGCAGUUCUGUUGCGACCCCAAAAACCCCGUCACUGUCAUCAGAGGCCUGGCAGGUUCUCUACGCCUCAACCUGGGGCUGUUCUCCACUAAGUCCCUGGUGGAGGCGAAUGCGGAGCAUUCGGUGGAGGUGCGCACGCAGGUGCAGCAGCCCGCCGAUGAGAACUGGAACCCCAGCGGCUCCGCCCAGACCUGGCCCUGUGAGAGCAGCCGCUCCCACACCACCAUCGCCAAGUACGCCCAGUAUCAGGCCUCCAGCUUCCAGGAGAGCCUGCAGGAGGAGAAGGACAGUGAGGAUGAGGAUGAAGAAAAGAAGCCUUCUUCCUCCGGCUCUGCAUCCAUCCCAGCCCCCGGGGUCACUAAUGCCAGCUCUGAUCAGAAACCAACUGGAAAGAUCAUCAAAUUUGGCACCAACAUCGACCUCUCGGACCCUAAGAGGUGGAAGCCCCAGCUCCAGGAGCUGCUGAAGCUGCCGGCCUUCAUGCGAGUGGCCUCCAGCGGCAACAUGCUGAGCCACGUGGGCCACACCAUCCUGGGCAUGAACACCGUGCAGCUCUACAUGAAGGUGCCCGGCAGCCGCACGCCAGGUCACCAGGAGAACAACAACUUCUGCUCCGUGAACAUAAACAUCGGCCCUGGAGACUGCGAGUGGUUUGCUGUCCAUGAACACUACUGGGCGGCCAUCAAUGACUUCUGUGAGAAGCAUGGCGUGGACUACCUGACCGGCUCCUGGUGGCCAGUGCUGGAGGACCUGUACCGGUCCAACAUUCCAGUGUACCGCUUCAUCCAGCGGCCCGGCGACCUGGUGUGGAUCAACGCUGGGACCGUGCACUGGGUCCAGGCCGUGGGCUGGUGCAACAACAUCGCCUGGAACGUCGGCCCUCUAAACUCCUACCAAUACCAGCUGGCUCUGGAGCGAUUUGAGUGGAACGAGGUCAAAAAGGUCAAGUCCAUUGUUCCCAUGAUCCACGUCUCCUGGAAUGUGGCCCGCACAAUCAAGAUUACGGACCCAGACACUCAUAAAAUGAUCAAGCAUUGCCUCCUUCAGUCUAUGAAGCAUAUCCAGAUUCUGCGAGACCAGCUGGUCGCCACGGGCAACAAGAUCUCCUACCAGAGCCGUGUGAAGGACGAACCCGCCUACUACUGCAACGAGUGUGAUUUGGAGGUGUUCUGCCUGCUGUUUGUGACGAGCGAGAGCAGCAACAGGAAGACGUACGUGGUGCACUGUGAGGACUGCGCCCGCCAGCACUGCCCCAGCAUGACCGGAGUGGUGGUGCUGGAGCAGUACCGUGUCGAGGAGCUCAUGAACAUCUACGACAGCUUCAACGUGGCUCCCUUACCUUGCUCCAAGUGAGGCAGGAACCUUUUUGACCCCCCUCAGCAGCCAUAGCCAAAUCCUUCCAGCUCUGAUGCCUGCUCCCUUAACAACCACUACUGUUCCGUCUCCAUGAGCAACCAGUCAAAACAAACACGCACGUUUACUCUGUAGUGUUUACACAAGAGCACAGCAUCAGCAAACGAUACCUUCAGCUCCAUUGUCUUCCCCCCCCUCUUUACCAGCGACUUCAUCAGAAACAAUCUGGGGCAUGAUAGGAAGGACAAGAUAUUCCUGCUCUCGGCUAGCAUACCGGACUCGGACAGAAAAUGUGAAUUUGUGUUGGAAUUUCAUAUCAGGUUAUUUAAACUACGAAUGGGAACUGCUGUGAUUACACAAGGUGUAAGGACAAAAAGAAAACAAACAAACAAACAAACAAAACAAAAAAAACAAGUUGCCGAACAUGCGCAUUUAUUCAGGUACUAGUUUACUCUUUAAUUUACUCUUAUGCAAAUCUGACAGAAUCAUGGCCGGUCUGGUUAUUGUGUGUCUGUGAGUGAGGCGAGGCAGCUGUGUUUUUGCUAGCGUAACAUCUGUGGAAUCACCUUGUCUAUGAGGGAGUUGGUCUCUAUGGCGUUGCUCCGAUUCUUUUUGAUGAUGAUCUUUUCACAGUGUGAUAAAGCUCUUUUCUUUCAUUUUUUUUGUCCUUGAUUUUUAUAUUCUUCAUUGGGUGCUAUUUUGAUUAGAUUUUUUUGUAUUUAUUCUUAUUGUACUGGUAUAGACUUCUUUCUUACAGCCUAGAAUUAUUACACCAUUUUGGCCUUGUGACUUGUAUUUAGAUAAAAAGAUAAAAACAAUGGAACAGUGAAGUUUUUUUCUAAUGCAUUACGAAUAUGAAAUAUAUAUCUAUGUUUUUCCGAGUUCUCAAAAGAUACGGGUUUGCUUGAAGGCUGAUUUAGUUGCAUUUGUGUAAAGAAACCAUGUGUGUGUGUGUGGGUGUGUGUGUGUGUGUGUGUGUGUGUGUGUGUGUAGUGGAUCUUUUGUAUAAUCCCAAAUCAUUCCUGCUCCAACAGAGAUUGUCACACAUUGCAAUGCUUUUAAUGUUCAAGAUAGUUUCUGCUUUUUUUUUCAUUUGCUUUUCACAGUAUCAGUGAUCUCCUUUGUGUUUGAAAAUCGGAAUUGUAUGUCGUUAUUUAUUUCAGGGUUUCGUUUGUUUGUUUUCCGUAUGUAUUUAUUAAACAUCCGUGGUGCUCCUUUUUAAUAUGGGAUUGCCAGAUUUUUUAAGUUUUAUAUUGUCCAUGUCCACGAGGCAGAAGAGGGGGAAGUCUGAUUUUAAAUGGUGCUUCAUCCCCCUCCCGCCCUCUGAAAUGACAUGUAAAUGAUCUAUAGAUUGAAGAGAAGAACUAUAGCUUACUCUCUACUGGUUGGUGCUUAGAACCGGAGUCAGUACUCAUUUAUGAAUGGAAUGUCUUUGUACUGUAACAGAUGGGUUCAGAUUUGUUUCUCCUCCUUUUGAACUUUUAAAACACAUUAUUGUAAACGUGCUUUACUAUUCUGACAAUUAUCAUGAAUAUUAUUGUUGUAAUAAUAAUGAUUAUUAUUAUACAAACACACAAGAGCGGAAAAAAAAAUGUGGAGUGUGUGCUGAGGUAAAGAUUUUGUGUCAGUUGCCUCUUCAUGAAUAUUUUCUUUGUUUUUUCAAGGUAGCAUUAAACCUCGUUUUUCUCCUUAUUUAUGCUGUACUUUUGUACAGAAAUCUAAUCACACAACAAGACAAACUGAGCCAGACCUGUCUUAAACACUCUGUGGUUUUGAUUAUUGAUUACAUAAAAAAAAUAAAAACAUUUUGAUAGA